GCGAACGUAAAUUUCUGUAGUCUGUCUAGGACAGGUUCAUUUUAGAAUGUAUUGAGUUGACUUGGGCAGCAUUUAACGUGUUCUUAGGCCGAAAAUCAAAUCUUCAGACCCAGAAUGGCGGCCAGAGCCAAGAUGGCUGAGCAAGCCUCACCAUGGUACUCUAGCUUCUACAACUCGAUCAAGCAGACGCCUAUAAAUGUGACCCUCCUGGUGGUUUCGGCGCUAGUCUUCUACAAGGUGGUGGGUCUGACCCGGCGGCGACACCGUCUUCCUCGGGAUCAGCAGGCACUGGGCUCGGAUCCCAUUAGAUCAGAUAUAAAAAUAAAGUUGGUCGGUGGACUUCCGGCGAUACGUAGCGACUUUACGGUGAGCGAGCUAAGAGAAUUCGAUGGAUCACGACCAGACGGUCGCAUUCUGGUGGCCAUCAACUUCAAUGUGUACGAUGUCUCCAAAUCCCCGCACUACUAUGGUCCCCAGGGCGUCUAUCCCAACUAUGCUGGGAGAGAUAUUUCCCGAAACUUGAUCAACUUCUCCGUGGAGUCUAACGAACGUGAGGCUUUUGACGAUUUAAGUGACCUUUCAAUCAGCCAAAUGAACAUAUUACGGGAAUGGGACCAACAGUACAGUGAAAAGUAUCCUUACGUUGGAAAACUUUUGCGUGAAGGCAUGCCUCAUACAAAUUAUGCGGACGAGGAGGAGGAAGACGAGGAUAACGAAGAAGAGCUUAUGGAGGGUAGCGAGAACUACAACGUCGAUGAUACUGCGCAGGAUAACGUCACUAAUACGAUAGAUAAUAAGGUGGAUAAUAUCGUGUAUAAUUACGCCAAAAAUACCGCUGAUGAUAAAAUUAAUGGUUACGAGGAGAACGAAGAUUGUAACUGUAAAGAGGACGGGCAGAUGGGCAGCGAAAAGGCUCCUGAAAAAGGGAACUAAACAGUAAUACAGUAAACUCUACUUCUACGUAUUAGUUAUGUAAAUUUAUUUGUGUGCAAAUUAUAAGCCAAAUUCAAAUGUUUUACAUGUCAAAUAUAAAUUAAAACUUGAAUAUAA